AUGCUGCGGUGGUGGGAGUAUUUGGACUCCACAUGGCAGCAGCGGCACGGGUUUCAGGCUUUCAGCAGUGGCCGCAACUAUAGAAGCGGCAGCAACGAUAGAAGCGGCAGUGGCAGCAGAGGCAGCGGCGACAACAGCCCGUCGCUGGCAGGGGUGAAGCAUAUCGUGGCUGUGGUGUCCGCGUGGCAUCGGCAAGUCCACCACUGCUGUGAACGUGGCAGUGACGCUCGCCCACCACGUGCGCCUGGUGGUGGGGCUGCUGGGCGCCUAUCUCUUCGGAUGCCCCGCCCCACUCUCCCUCUCUCGCGCACGGCGUGCUCUGCAUGUCCAUGGGCUUUCCUCGUGGACUUCAUCAUGCCUGCUCAUGUGGCCACCGUGUGGCGCCGGCCCAUGGUGAUGGCGACGGUGGAGAAGCUGGUAAAGGGGACGGAGUGGGGGCGGCUUGACGUGCUGCUUGGCACGGGCUACAUGGAGCUCAACUUGAGCCACAAGUUCCGACUGUCAGGAGCAGCAGGAGCCACAGGUGAGGAGGCGGCGGUGGGAGGGCAGCAUCAGGGUGAGCAGGUGGAGGGGGAGCAGGAGGGGGUUUUGAUGGAUUAUGACACGGCUGACCAUCAUCCACAGCACGAGCAUGUGUUGUCUGAAAAACAAGAGAGGGAUGGAGGGGAAGCAGGGGAACUCAAAAGAGUCCCAGCAGCAGGCGAAUAA